AUGGCGACCAAGAAGUUAUUUGAUGGCUCGGCGGACGAGGAUGUCGCUCUCGGGAAUAUGGGGUACGAGCAAGAAUUCAAACGAUCGUUCGGUCUCUGGACAGCCUUAAGCGGUGUCUUCAUCAUUGGCAUCCAGGCAGGUGGCCCACCUGUGAUGAUUUUCGGCUGGAUCAGUGUCUGCAUGUUCACAAUGCUCAUUGCCUUGGCAAUGGCUGAAAUGUGCUCGCGCUGGCCAGUGGCCGGAGGCCAAUACUCGUGGGUUGCUAUGCUCGCACCGACUCGCGUUUCCCGACAGCUGUCAUAUAUCACUGGGUGGUUUAUGCUGACCGGAGUUCUCGCUAUGGGCGCGGUCAACAACUCCUUCGGAUCGAACUAUAUCCUGGGCCAGGUCAACCUAGUCUUCCCGGGCUUUGUUGUCGAGCGGUGGCACACCGUCCUGGUUGCAUGGGCCGUAGGGUUAUUUGCUCUCGUCAUCAAUGUAUUCGCACCGCAUGCUUUGCACCGUCUAUCUCGCUUCAUCUUGGUGUGGAACAUUGCCUCGUUCAUCGUCGUGAUCACCACCCUCUUAGCAACAAAUCACCAGAAGCAAGACACGAAUUUUGUAUUCCACGAGUUCCGGAAUAUGACCGGCUUUGGCGCUUCGAUGGCUACUAUAACCGGCAUUCUACAAAGCUUUUUCGGUAUGUGCUGCUACGACGCGCCGAGCCAUAUGACAGAAGAGAUGGCCCACGCCAGUCGAGAUGCACCCAAGGCAAUCAUCUUGUCGGUCAUCAUGGGAGGUGUGACUGGACUGCUCUUCCUGUUGACACUGUGCUUUUGCAUGGGUGAUAUCGAAGCAACAGCCAAUUCAAGCACCGGAGUUCCCGUCAUCCAGAUAUUCUACGACUCAACGCAAAGCAAAGUCGGGACCUGCAUUUUGGCGAGUAUGAUCACCGUCAUCAUCAUGGUCACAUCCAUCAGUCUCGUCGCUGAAGGAUCACGAUCAGUAUAUGCCUUUGCACGAGACCACGGGCUACCAUUUUCGGGCUUGUGGUCUCAAGUCGAGCCAAAGAAGAAGAUACCUCUUUACGCCAUUUUUCUCACUGUGGCAGUGCAGUUAGGCCUGAACGCGAUUUACUUCGGUACAGAGACGGGAUUUGAAACGGUGAUUUCGAUAGCUACCACGGGGUUCUGUAUGUUGGUAUAUUCGACUGGAGGUAACCAUGAGCGUUAA